AUGCACCGAGAUAAGUUUACGAAACCCACUCCACAAUCCAAUUGCAAGCUUAACUUUGAGACUGAAACAGAGACAAAAGGAUUCCCUUUCUCGCGGAUGCUUCCAGAAUACUUAGUUACUUACUCACUUACAUACCUAGUAGGUAUUAAUCAAUGA